AAUAUACGCGCUAGUGUGUAGAUCAGAGUGUUUGUCUAAGUAGCAAUACGUGGCCACCGAAGACAUGGAGUUUACCGUAAUCACUAGCUCGCAAUUGCAACCUAACUUACUGGCAUGUGGUACUGUGGAAGGCGACCUUUACAUACUAGAUGCUUUCAAACCAUCAUGUAAUCGGAUUAGACAGGAAGAUAAAGUAACAACAGAUAUUAGCUACAUAUCCGAUGCAAAACACCACUCAUUGGUUGAACUGUUGAUUAAAAGACAUAGGAUAUUCAAAAGUGGGAUUGUUGCACUGGAGUAUCACCCUAGGCUGCCCUCAGUGCUAGCAGUUGGUCUCAAUGAUGGGACGCUGCAGGUGCUGUUCCUGGAGCCAGAGAACCCAGAAUUGAAGAAGAAUGUGUUUCUGCAUAAAUUCGACCAUAGAGUAGAUCAGAUACAAUGGCUGUUAAUGGACCGUGGAUCUGACCCGGAACCAUCACGGCAAAACUCAAUGUCAUUCGGAGAUCGAAUAUGGAAUCGAAUAUCUAAAACACCAUAUGUAUCCCUUAUUAUCGCAAGAUCAGGUUCUGUUAUCACCUGGAUGCCACUAGAGAAAAGGGCAAAAUGCCACAGGCUGAAUGUUGGUACUAAUCCUCAAGGAGUAGUUUAUCGCACUGAUGAGUAUAUUGAAUCCCAAAGCAAUGUAGAACCAUCUGAUCAAAUGGUGAGCAUGACUCAGCAGCAAUCGUUAAUAAUAUGUACUGUCAAGUGGCCCUUGCCAGGAUACUUCAGCGAGGAACUGGAACAUGAAAGUUUAACUAACUUUUGCAUAGUACAGGAAGCAUUGUGUGUAGUACACAGCUCAGAGGGUAUAUAUCUCGAGAUUUACAUACCGGAGUACUACGAUGAUAGUAUCGAGUUUGUUAGGUUCCAUACUCGCAUCGAUACCAAUGCUACUGGAGUGCCGUCAGCAGUACAUAUAAGCCCGAAGCAGUAUAACCAAAUGAAUCGAUACUUGGAAACAGGCUCUCCACAUAUGUUCACGCUCCAAGGAGAUCGAUGUAUCAACGCGUUAAGUGAAUUCAUGGCCAUCGCAACAAUGGACGGAGCUGUUUACGUCACCUCAAUGCUACACAUAUAUAACCAAGUGCGCAGUGUAUAUUAUCCCAGGAUUACGUCAACACCAAGUGGUGUAUCCACAGAAGUAUUAGAACCGCAUGAUAUCGUUGCCAUAGUACACAUGGAUAGUUUCCAGCUGGAUCAGCCCGUGCGCUCACUGAUGUGGACACUCAUAUGGAAUGACUAUACCCAGCCGCCGACGAUGUUGAGGCCAGAUGAAUGUUGCUGUACCAGCGAUGUCGCAUUCCUCCUAUCGGCACUUUGCCACGAUGGGAUACGUGUCCUUAAACUGUAUAGCUCAAACUGUGCACUGGCCCUUAAGGUACGCCAUAUGGUGCACGCACAAGCUAGAGCAAUGCACUGGGUAGAAGAUACACUACCGGGUGAUAUCAAGCUUAUAUGGGCUACCGAAAACAGCAUAUCACGUAAAUCAUUUGGGUAGUUUAACCACAUUAAAUACUAAUACACUGCAUAACGAUAUUAGGGCUUAGUAAGAGGUUUACUCAUAAGCAUC